GUCAAAGGGUGUUAUAAUUGACAGUUCUGAUGUAAUUGUUGGUGUAAACCCGAAUAAAGCAACGGUUCAGUUCAAACUAACACGGGAUAUGACUCCUUCAGCGCGUUUUAUUGCCUACUAUGUAAAACCUGAUGGUGAAAUUGUAGCUGACGGUCUAAAUGUUUUCAUCGAGAAUAUAUUCGAAAAUAAGGUAACUAUUCAAUUCGCUCAGCCGUCUCCACAAAAACCAAAAGCCUUAUUAGACCUGGUUGUUAAAGCUGACCCUGAUUCGAUGGUUAAAGUUCUUGCUGUAGAUAAAAGUGUUAAGCUACUUAAGGAAGGCAAUGACAUUACACCAAAUAGGGUGGUUGAUGAAAUGUACCAGUUUGGUUAUCUUGUUAGAACAUGGAGAGAUUGGGGACCUAUCCUACCAUGGUCAUUUACUGCUGAUGAUGCUUCAGAUAUUUUUAACAAUGCCCAGAUCAGAGUUCUCACAGAUGCUUAUUUAUACAGCUUUAACAUUUGGUCACAGAGGUACGAUUUAGGAGAGUCGAGUGGUUAUUCUGAUAGAUACAAUUUGGCGUUCUCGAGUAGUAAUGCAGAUGUGGGUUUGUCAGCAGCACCACCAGCUGCUGCACAAGGACAAGUAAGACAAUACUUUCCUGAAACAUGGAUGUGGGACUCGAAAAUAGCUGUGUAAGAUUUUCAUUUUAAAAUAUCUCA